GCGGCAGAAAGUUUGUUGUGGGAUUGGAGUAGUCGGGCCGGGAGUUUAGACUUGUAGGGGAUCAUGGGGACACCAACAUGGAGUUGGGGCGGAGGAAGGACUAGCACCGGGGUUAAGAAGAGGAAAUGGAGUGGUGGAAGCUGAAGACUCAGGGGCCCCAGGGACUGGAAGAAAUCACAAUACUUGGAAAGAAGAAGAGGUAGCGACUUGCCCCAGCCCAACCCCAGAGCGGCUCCGGAGUUGGGCUGCUCACAAACCAAGCUGUCUGUUUGUAUGGAGUGCCUGGAGGGCGUCUGCCAUGAGUCUGUCGCUAACCGUGCUAACCAGGAGAGCUGGCUGGUUGGGGAGAAGACACUAACCCUGAGCUAUUGGCUAGAGGAAGUGGCGGGGCUGUGGGAUGCAGAGAGCCGAGGGUUGACUCCCGGACAGCGGAACAGAGAGAGCUGCCGACAGGCGGACGCAGGUUGAGGAGCCCUCACCUCCCAGAAUGACCAGUGCAGCCCCUGCUAAGAAACCCUACCGGAAGGCACCACCCGAGCAUCGGGAGCUGCGGCUGGAAGGUCCUGGCUCCCAGCUCAAGCAGGAGGAGCCCCUGACUGACGCGGAGAGGAUGAAGCUUUUGCAGCAGGAGAAUGAGGAGCUUCGCCGGCGCCUGGCCUCGGCCACCAGGCGCACUGAGGCCCUGGAGCGCGAGCUGGAGAUUGGGCAGGACUGCCUGGAGCUGGAGCUGGGCCAGAGCCGUGAGGAGCUGGACAAAUUUAAGGACAAGUUCCGCAGGCUGCAGCACAGCUACACGGCUUCCCAGAGGACCAACCAGGAGCUAGAGGACAAGCUGCACACGCUGGCCUCUCUUAGCCACAGCUGGAUUUUUGCAAUAAAGAAGGCUGAGCUGGACAGGAAGACGCUGGACUGGGAGAUCGUGGAGCUGACCAACAAGCUGCUAGACGCCAGGAACACCAUCAACAAGCUGGAGGAGCUCAAUGAGCGGUACCGGCUGGACUGCAACCUGGCUGUGCAGCUCCUGAAGUGCAACAAGUCUCACUUCCGUAACCACAAGUUCGCUGAUCUGCCCUGUGAGCUACAGGACAUGGUUCGGAAACAUCUGCACAGUGGUCAGGAGGCUACCAGCCCGGGGCCUGCUUCCAGCCUGGCCCCAGGGGCUGUGGUGCCCACCUCGGUCAUUGCCCGCGUGUUGGAGAAGCCGGAGUCUCUUCUGCUCAAUUCGGCCCAGUCAGGCAGCGCCGGGCACCCCCUGGCUGAGGAUGUCUUUGUGCACGUGGAUAUGAGUGGGAGUGACCCAGGUGACCCAGCCAGCCCCCCAGCUCCGGGAAGCCCUGUCCCCCAACCCAACGGGGAGUGCUGCUCUCUGGGCACCGCGGGGGGCUCCCCAGAGGAGGAGAUGUCCCUGCCGGCCUUUGAGAAGCUGAGCCCCUACCCCACCCCGUCUCCGCCCCACCCACUGUAUCCUGGCCGCAAGGUGAUAGAAUUCUCUGAGGAUAAGGUGCGGAUUCCCCGCAACAGCCCCCUGCCCAACUGCACUUACGCCACCCGCCAGGCCAUCUCCCUGAGCCUGGUGGAGGAGGGCAGUGAGCGAGCCCGCCCCAGCCCAGUGCCCAGCAGCCCUGCCUCGGCCCAGGCCUCCCCGCAGCACCAGCCCAGCCCGGCCCCCUCGGGGCUUAGUGCCCCGGCCAGCUCUGCCAGCUCCGAGGAGGACCUGCUGGCCAGCUGGCAGCGGGCAUUUGUGGACCGCACUCCGCCCCCGGCCGCUGUGGCCCAGCGCACAGCCUUUGGACGUGACACGCUCCCUGAACUGCAGCGCCACUUUGCUUUCGGUCCCGCUGGCGGAGAUGAGGUGCAGGCAUCUUCUUCCCCACCCGGUGAAAGUGGGCUUUUGCUGCCAACAGAAGCUGACCCUGGCUUUCCCAGGGAGGAGGAAGAGGAACAGCUGAACCUGCCCAUCAGCCCCGAGGAAGAGCGCCAGAGCCUGCUGCCCAGUGAUGGUGGCACAGAGGAGGGGCCUGGCACUCCUCACACUGAGGGCAGGGCCUGGGCACUCCCCAGCUCCAGCCGCCCCCAGCGCAGCCCCAAGAGGAUGGGGGUGCACCACCUGCACCGCAAGGACAGCCUGACCCAGGCCCAGGAGCAGGGCAACCUGCUCAACUAGGGCCCUGCUUGCCUUCCUGCCACUGCUGCACGGGGACUGCAAGGUGCCCCAACCCUCGCAGCUCAGGGUCCUCACCUAGCCCAAGCCCUUGACCUCUGCUCCCUGUGCAGACAGGGUCAGGCUACACCAGGCCUUUCGGCUGCACUGACUGUAACUGGUACCAGCUUGCCUCAUGGUUUUUCCCUUCUGGAAUAUUUAUUCUCCAAAGGUAACAUGCAGCUGGGGCUCAUGACCUUUCUUCCAGUCGGCCCAAAUUGGUCUUUUCUGGGGAGCCGAGGGGUUUAUUGCAUCAGUGUUUAUCCUCCAUCCUCCUUUCAUAUCUACCAGUUUUCUAUUUUUAUCUGGCGGGGGAGUGGGGGGGUGGGAGGAGGGUCAUUGGGAUUGUUAACCUCUAAUUUCAGUUUUCACCUGUUUCCCUCUCCCCCCAAGUCCUCUGCACGAGCUGUUGCCUUCAGGGGCCUGGCACAGCAGGCCCUCGGGGGGAUGAGGGAGAGGACUGAUUCAGGGCUCCCCUCAGCUGUUUCCUUCCUCCCUCUGGAAGGGAGUAGAGGGUGGGAUUCAGGGGCCUCAAGCUGGGUUCUAGGUGAAUCCUGGUCCCACUCCCAACCUUGGCUCUAGACUGUUAACUCCCAGCUUUGGGAAAUUUUCCCAUCAAUAACUAUUUUAAAAUUAAAUAAAACUAUUUUACUGGU